GCUGUCUUUCAUAAUAGCAACAACAAAACCCACGUUGGGAAAACAUGGGGUCUCAAAUGGCCUCUAUUACUCUAACUAUUGCUUUGACAAUACUAUCUCUCAGCUUGCCAUCUCAAGCAAACAACUAUAUCUAUUCAUCUCCACCACCACCCCCUAAGCCUUACUACUACCACUCUCCACCACCACCGGUGUACUCACCUCCUCCUCCUUACCAUUAUAGUUCACCACCCCCACCACCAAAGAAGCCAUACAAAUACUCUUCUCCUCCACCACCUGUUUACAAGUACAAGUCACCUCCUCCACCAGUAUAUAAGUACAAGUCUCCACCACCACCACCAAAGAAACCAUACAAAUAUCCAUCUCCGCCGCCACCAGUUUACAAGUAUAAGUCUCCUCCACCACCAGUUUACAAGUACAAGUCACCUCCACCUCCACCAAAGAAACCAUACAAAUAUCCAUCUCCACCACCACCAGUUUACAAGUACAAGUCACCUCCUCCACCAGUGUACAAGUAUAAAUCUCCUCCACCACCAGUUUAUAAGUACAAGUCACCUCCUCCACCGGUUUACAAGUACAAAUCUCCACCACCUCCACCAAAGAAGCCAUAUAAGUAUCCAUCUCCACCUCCACCAGUUUACAAAUACAACUCACCUCCUCCUCCCUAUAAGUAUCCAUCACCUCCACCACCACCAUACAAGUAUCCAUCACCACCACCACCAGUCUACUCUCCCCCACCGCCAUAUAAGUACGCAUCACCUCCACCACCACCAUACAAGUAUUCGUCACCACCUCCACCAGUCUACUCUCCCCCACCUCCAUAUAAGUACGCAUCACCUCCACCACCACCAUACAAGUAUUCAUCACCACCUCCACCAGUCUACUCUCCCCCACCUCCAUAUAAGUAUGCAUCACCUCCACCACCACCAUACAAGUAUUCAUCACCACCUCCACCAGUCUACUCCCCUCCACCUCCAUAUAAGUACGCAUCACCUCCACCACCACCAUACAAGUAUUCGUCACCACCUCCACCAGUCUAUUCUCCCCCACCUCCAUACAAAUACCCAUCACCUCCACCACCAACGUACAAGUAUCCUUCACCUCCUCCUCCUUACAAGCACAUAUCACCCCCUCCAACCCCUGUUUACAAGUAUAAGUCUCCUCCUCCCCCUGUCUACUCACCUCCACCACAUUACAUCUAUUCAUCCCCUCCUCCUCCAUACCACUUCUAGGUAGUGGUUUAUCACAUGGAUUUGAGGAAUAUUAAAAAUAAAAGAGAGAACAUACUGCAAAGCAUGGGAAGCAAAGUUUGUCUCAAAGAAAAGUCCCUCUUUUUUACUCAUUUGUUUUGUUAUGAAUUAUAUUAUUAUUAUUCUUAUUAUUAGAGUGCUUGGUUUUUGAAAUUAAAUAAGGCACAUGUGUGUAAUAUCAUAAAUGCAUUUUGUUUUGCAACCUACUCUAUAAGGGGUUGCCAAAAUAAAAUUGAAUAUUUCUUCUUCUCAGUCUUUGCAUAUAUUUAAUGAGAAAUUAUAUUCUACAA